ACGUCACCUACUAAUUGUGAAUUGUGAAUUGUGAAUUGUGAUUAUUAAAUUAGUUGAUCCGUAGUUUGUAAUAAAAUUAGUAAACCGGCAUUCAACACUUGCCUACCACUAACCUCCUUCCUUCCUUCCUUUGCUUUCCUUCCAUAAUUGUAAUUGUAAUUGUAAUUGUAAUUGUAAUUGUAAUUGGGUAAAUUGUAUUUUGAUUAUUCAGAAAUCAAUCUGAGUAGGCAUGGCCGGAGGUGGAGGUGGAGGUGGGUCAAUGGGAGUUUCAAAGGAGAGAGCCAAGGAGUAUCAAGGGAAGGUCACUUCUUACGUCAUCAUUGCUUGCAUUGUUGCUGCUACUGGUGGCUCCUUAUUUGGUUAUGACAUUGGUAUUUCAGGUGGGGUGACAUCCAUGGAUGGUUUUCUACACCAUUUCUUCCGUAGGGUGUACGACAAGAAGAAGCUUGCCCAUGAAAAUAACUACUGCAAAUUCGAUGAUCAGGGCCUUGCUGCUUUCACUUCUUCUCUCUACCUUGCUGGUUUGGUCGCCUCUCUGGUUGCCUCUCCAAUAACACGCAACUAUGGCCGCCGCAUUACCAUUAUCUGUGGUGGCAUUUCCUUCCUUAUUGGGGCUGCUCUUAAUGCUUCUGCACUCAACCUUGCCAUGCUUCUCUUGGGUCGAAUCAUGCUCGGUUUUGGCAUUGGAUUUGGAAAUCAGGCAGUUCCUCUAUAUUUGUCUGAAAUGGCACCAACACAUAUACGAGGGGGUGUGAACAUGAUGUUCCAAUUAGCAACCACCCUUGGGAUUUUUACAGCAAACAUGAUUAACUUUGGAACAUCAAAACUAGAACCAUGGGGAUGGAGGCUCUCACUUGGCCUAGCGGCACUUCCAGCAACCUUAAUGACUAUUGGAGGAUUACUCGUUCCCGAGACACCCAACAGCUUGAUCGAACGAGGAUUGACUGAGAGAGGGCGUAAGGUCCUUGAAAGGAUCAGAGGGACAGAGAAUGUUUCAGCAGAGUUCCAGGAUAUGGUUGAUGCAAGUGAGUUUGCUAAAUCAAUCAAGAACCCCUUCAGAAACAUCUUAGAGCGCAGGAACAGGCCGCAACUGAUAAUGGCCAUUUUCAUGCCUACAUUUCAGAUCCUUACAGGAAUAAAUUCCAUUCUGUUUUAUGCUCCUGUACUAUUUCAGAGUAUGGGGUUUGGGGCAAACGCUUCUCUUUACUCUUCGGCUCUAACAGGAGCUGUGCUUGCUUUCUCCACAUUGAUUUCCAUUGCAACUGUUGAUCGAUUAGGAAGACGCCCAUUGCUCAUCACUGGAGGAAUUCAGAUGAUCAUUUGUCAGGUAGUGGUGGCAAUAAUCUUGGGAAUAAAAUUGGGAACAGAAGGGGAACUAUCAAGAGUUUAUUCCAUUCUAGUGGUGAUUGUAAUAUGCCUCUUUGUGCUGGCCUUUGGGUGGUCAUGGGGACCUCUAGGAUGGACUGUACCUAGUGAGAUAUUCCCAUUGGAAACCAGGUCAGCAGGACAGAGUAUAACAGUGGCAGUAAAUCUCCUAUUUACUUUCAUAAUCGCACAGUCAUUCCUAUCCCUCCUAUGCCAUCUAAAGUUCGGGAUUUUCUUGUUCUUCGCUGGCUGGGUCACCAUCAUGACCAUCUUUGUAUACUUGUUCUUGCCUGAGACCAAGGGUGUUCCUAUUGAAGAGAUGAUUCUGUUAUGGAGGAAGCAUUGGUUUUGGAAGAAUAUAAUGCCCCAAGACCCUGAAAUUAACGCUACCUAUAGUGGAACAGAUGGUCCUUACAGAAUUGCAUAGCUGUUGUUCUCGUUAUUUUUGUAAGAAAAAUAUCACAGCACGAGGAUAAGAUAUCCUCAAAAGAAACCAAAAGAUUGUAGCUGUUGUAGGAUCAUUUUAUUUUCUAGCUCUGGGAAUUGUGUGUGUACUCUUAUAGAAGAAACAGAAAGUACAAAUUACCAAAUAGAAGUAUGAAAUAUGAGUAUAUCAAUCAAAUUACCAAAUAUGAUUUUAUUUUCUA